AUGGCCAGCUUGUGUCUGCUGCAACAGCGCGGGCGCAAGCUGGUACAAGACGUCGGCUUGGAAGAUGUGGCGGCCGUGGCCUCCACUGCCGAGCAAGAGCUUCGCACAUCUGUUUUUGAGCUUCUGGGCUCCGGUCACCUUUUGGAGGCCAUCAAUGGCGGCUUCUCUGUUGCCACGAUGUUACUCUCUGUCAGCUGCCUGCUGAUUCCCGUGUUUCUCGAAGCCUCUGGUUGCAAGGCGGGCGGGGUCCUGUCCUCUGACCGACGAGCUCUUCGCGUCGUCUGGCUUGGACAGUGGGUCCUCGCUACCAUAGACAUGACGAUUCUAACCCCUGUGUCUUACGACCUGGUGCAACAGCUGGGUUAUGGAGCGGUAUCUUCUGGAUUCUUGCUCUCUGCGCCGCAGGUGCUGCAGCCCAUGGGCGCUAUUCUGUCCCGGCUGAUCACAGAAGGCCGGAGCUACGCUUUCUUGCGCCGCUUCAUCGUGAGCGGCCUGUACCUGCAGGCACUUUUCACAUGGUCCCUAGUGCCAGUACUGCAUCGAUGCAACGCUUGGUCGAGUGAGAUUGUCCUCGGAUCUACAAUUAUGUUGCGAUCGUGUGGAGGGAUGAUGCUGAUGAUAUAUGGAGUGCCGCUGAGCACCAUGGUUUACCAGUAUGCCGCCCCUGCUGAGAAGCCUUGUCUGUCCAUUGCCCUCUACUUGGCCAUGAGCCUCGGGGUUUGUUUGGGGCCCCUGAUGAGUUCCGUCCUCUUGACGUUGGACCACUACCAGCCCAGUCAGGCAUGCAAUGCUGGAGCACGAGCCGUGCAGCUGAUGGCCCUACUGUGGUCUUGCGAAACCCUGCUGGCUGCUGCCCUGCUCCCACAGGAGAUUGCAGGAUCCAACGACGAUAGCCACUCGAGGGCGCAAGACCGCGUAGAUUCCCAGAUCGUCGAGGAGUUGCCGAUUUGGCUCCGCAAAGCUUUGGUUGGGCUGACGAUAUUGUUCUCUGCUGGACGUUCUUUGGGCAUCUCAGCUAUCGAGGUCGCCACAGCCUUGCUCCUCGAGUCUCAGUAUGGAUGGACACCGGAGAAAAUUGGUUACGCCUUAGGGGCCGUCUUCGCCCUGACAGCGUCUGCAGGGCUUCUGGUGGCCAUGCUGCGGAACACAUUGCUGUCCGAGUAUGUUCUGAUGCUAUCCCUGGCCUUCUUCAGCAUUGUCGGCUCGUUGCUCUUUUUCGACUUCGGGGGCGGAGUGCCGCAGGGCGUGCAACACAGCUCUCCGUUGUUGCUGAUGACUGCAGAUAUGCUGGUGUACGCUUGCAUGUUUCAGCUCACUGCCUUCAUGGAGGGCAUUGCGACGCAAGCCGCGGUGCCAGACAGCACCUUCAGCCUGGAAAACUUCAUCGUCGUGCGGAAUCUGGCCAUUCAGAUGCCCCGUGCUCUGGGACCCCUGAUGGCUCGCUGGAUGAUCGAUGCUUUCGGCCGGAACUUCUAUGCUGGCUUCAUGCUCGUGUUGAUGCUGGUGGCGGUGUGGGCUGUCUGUUACGCAGCAAGCCGUGCCAGAAAGCCCAGCGGGCCGAUGAGUGCCACAGAGGACCACGUGACGGAGAUGGCCAAUGCCCAGAGGAGAGCUGAGGAUGUUGGUCGAAGUCUUCAGGACCAUCUGGACCAGCUUGCCGAGCUCCGUCGGAUGCUCCGGCAGGCGCAGGCAGACUUGGCAGAAGAGCUUGCAAAGGCGCAGGAGCUGGAACGCAAGCGGGAUGCACUUCGGCAAGAACAGGCAGAUCUUCAAAGCCAGAUCUCACUGCGCGAGCAGGAGUUCCAGGAGCUGCGGUCAAGUCGUGACGACAUUGAUCGACAGCUGUCCCGGGAAGUCCUCGUCGUGGCUCAAAGCGACGGACGGCUUGCGGCACGCUGUGCGGCGUUGAGCGGGCAAGAAGACUUCACAUAUGAGCUCGAGAUGGAGCCGAAGGAGCUCGAACGGAUGACAGCUCUUGACCUCUCUCCGGAGGCGGAGUACUUGGUGGUGGCCUGCGAGGCUGACCUCGUGGUAUGGCCAUUGCUUCGGCUUCUUGGAGCAAACGGACCUCGUGAGUCCCCUCUGUCGGAGCUUCUGCAGGCAGCCUCCGAUCGUCGGCGGGGAGACGAGCGAACUGAGGACCCUGUCAAGGGGGCCAUUUCCAGUGUCGCAAGCGCUUGGUCAUCCAUGGGCGAGUGUGUCGUCUCCGACUGGGUGGGUUGCGACGGCUCGUUUCAGAUGUGCUUGCGUGUUUAUCCGCAAGGCAUUGACUGUGAGGAACGAGACUAUGAGAGUAUGAGUGCGUAUCUACACCUUGCGCUGCCUGACAAAGAAGAGGACCUGGAAGCAAAUUGGUCGUGCCCCGAUGUGGAGUUUGAGAUCGCAGCCAUACGGCAAAGCAGCAGCACUCGCAAAGAGUGUCGUACUAGAUUCCUAGACGUGCAUACAUUCACCAGGGAGUUUGAUAACUUUGGAUGGCCAGACUUUCUGCGACUGUCGCGUCUCGAUGAUGAACCUGGCUGGUUGAAUGAGAACGGUGAGAUUGUAAUAGAAGCGUCCGCGAAAUUGCCACUGCCUGGCUCAUCUGCUAGCCCAACCUUUCAUGCUGAAGCCCCUGUCCCUGUCUCUUCUGUAGAUUUGACGCAAGAGCCUUCGUUUGUGACAUUCCAUCUGCGCAAUUCGCCACCCCUGCAUUUCGACAAGCGCGUGCUUAUGGCCCGCUCCGAGCACUUCAGGCAGAUGAUGUCGGAAGCGCGCUGGAAGGAAGGACGGACGAAUGAAAUCGAUUUGACCUCUGAUCCACAAGUGGACAGCCGCUCUUUGAGCUCGGUCCUUGCGUUCCUGAUGUCCGAUUGCUUCGAUGCACACGGCGAUACGGUGUUGGCAUUUUUGGUUCGGGGACUUGCUGACCGCUGGGGCCUGCCUGCGCUUGUGGACAAGGCGGAGAGCGAGCUGGUGGGCCUACUGUGUGCUGACAAUGCCUUGUCUUUCUUCGGGCAGGUCAUGGGAACCCACGGUCGUUUGGAGCACGCUUGUCUUAGCAUGAUCCAAGCCAGGGACUGUGAACUCCUAGAGCAACAGCGUGACAGGCUCGAUGGGAUCAUUCUGGAGAACCCGUUAGCAAUCUCGCCUGUAACCUUGCAGCCCUUGUGCCCAGCGGUGGUCGACCUAGCUGCGGAAAUGCUGACGGAUUUCUUCGGAGGCCUUGGUCCUGGUCUUCCGGUUGCUGGCCCCUCCCGCUUUCAGGUCCCUUCUGUUUGCCGUGAUGAUGCCAUCACAUCCAUGAAGUGGUGGGCCAGGGAGUCGCAACCUGUUGGAGAGGCCAUGGAAUCGAAUGAGGAAGCAUCUAGCGGCAUGCGCCUGACAAGGCAUCACUUGAUUGUGGGCUCCCUAUCUGGUUGCCUUGCGAUCGUGAAUGUUGCCAGUCAAACGGAAGUCCGGCAUUUCAAUUUGGCUCCCAUUGUGGGGCUGCAGCUCUGCAAAUACCACCGUCAAGAGUGGCUACUGAUCGAGACCACUGCGGAGCCUAAGCACUGGAAGCUUCUCUUGGCCACCACGAUCGAAAGGCCUGCCUCGAAGAGCAGCGAUGGAGCGGAGCCGCGGAAACUGGAGUGGACCAUUACCGAGGGCCAGGCGCUCCCAACCUCUUCCAGCGAGCACUUCGAGUUGGAGCCCUUGACGGGAAUGCCUACGCUGUACAUGCUCCUGGUUGUGAAGAGGGGCCGAAGUGAAGCGGUGCUGGAACGCGAGAACGAAGUCUUGGGAAUGCUCGUGGAUGAGGCAGAUCCUGCAGACGGUGGAGACCACCAACUGAGCAUGCUGCUUUCACUGCCGUCCUUCCCGGAGGAUCCGCUGGCCCGUGUGGAUUUGCCGAUCAGUGCAGCCCCACCUAGCGCAGCAGGCCGCAGGCUGGUGGAUCUAGUUCUUAUUCUCGGCGGCGGCCUGUUCCUGUCGGUGCUCCACUUGGGUGGAGCCGAGUCGAAGAGCCUUGUGCUACUGACAACGGCUAAGCCACAGCCGUACUUUGCAGCCCGCAGCGGGCCCGUCAACAUUGUCGUGCAAGAAUUGGAGGUUUCCGGCCGCAUCGUCGGUGCCUCCUCGGCAUAUCCCUCGUGGUCCGGUGAGGAUGGGAGGGAAACAACCCUGGCCUUCGUGUGGACCAUGAACGAAGUUUUCCGGCUGUCUGCCUCGCCGGAGCGUGUUUGUGAGAUCCUGCAGUUCGAGUCGGUGGCGGCGCUGCCGACCCUGCUGACACAAGAAGCUGACGCUCCGGAACCUCUGGAGAUUCAGGAAGGCCCAGCGCAUGAAGUGCCUCGGAUGGACCUUGAAGCUAUGCUUCCGCUGCUGUGCUGGGCCUUAGAUGUGGACAUCGAUGUGCUAUUGCUUGAUGCAGGACGCAAGGUGCUGUCCGGCAGGUGGGAAGAAAUUGGUGCAAAAGAAGUUCGUUCGGCGCUGGCCUUGUGGGGACGUCGGUCCAGCGAAGGGGUGCCCUUGCGAGUGCUGCUGGAGUGCUUCAGCGACCUGGGGCAGCACAGCGGGACGAUGCAAGAGGUGGCUCCUGGCAUCCUGCAGGUGCUGAUGCCACACUGGCCGCAGGUGGCGGGGCGCCUUGCAGCACUCCAUGGCAUGUCGGGACGUGACUGGGAUGAGGAGGGAGCUGAAUCCGGGCAUCCGCCCACCGGACUGUCGGAUGUCGCUGGGUUCCUGUCCCUGGUGGUGAUGCUGCUGGUCGUUCUACACUGCCGCGCUUUUCGUGACGGACCUACCGAGUACAAGCGAGGCCCUCGCAGCCCCAAGUCGACGGGUCCAAGGGACAUGCGCGGAGUGGCAUGGCAGACGUGGGUGCAUGAUCACGUGACAUUGAUUGUCAGUGGCGCUCGUGGGAAACCACCGGUAAGCUUCGCAGAGCUGGCGGACGAGGUCCAGCAGGCUUUCGAUGCGUGGUGGUUGGCGCAGCUGCGCGAGGUCCGGGCGCCCGCAGCCUCCGAGCCCACGGAGUCCAGUCCACGUGCUCCCCUGCUUGCGGCGCCUCGUCCUGCCGGUGAGGCUCGCAUGCUUCGAGGCUGCUGGACGGCCCGGCUGCUGUUGCUGAGCCAGAUGGCUGCCCAAGGGCCACUGCGAGACAGCUUCACCUCGCAGACCUGGGCAGCAGGCCUCCUGCACUUCGGGGACAGCCGGCUGACGCAGGGCCUCUUGGCGCUGUUGCUACGCGGAGCCACGGUCACGACUAGCUCAGAGGAAGGCGAACUUCGAACUCUGGACCUGGCCUCCUCCCCACGCUUGGCCCUGACCUUGGCAUUCAUACUUCUGAAGAGGAGCAGGGAAGUCCCGUCUUCCCGGGCCAAGCUGGUUUACUCGGUUCUGUCGGCGUUGCUGGAGACGUGCCAUUCAGACGAGAUCGAAGGGGCCGGAGGGGGCUGGACUGCUGGCCGCGGCCGAGGGCAGACAGAUGCAGAUGCCAAGUUGGCCGGGCAGCUUGCGGGGCCAAAAGCAGCGCUGGACCGCUUGUUCGAGCCCGAAGGCGAAGGCGGCGAUGCGGAGGCUGCGGAGGCCGCAGAGGACGAGGACCAGGAGGGCUCAUGGAAGCCUUGGCUUCGGCUUUUCCUCUGCAUUGCUGACCUUGUCCGGGGCAGGUGCAUUGAGUGCAGCACCCUUUGGGCCUGGGAGCUUGAAGGUCCUCCGCGGUCGGUUGAAUUCAGCGAUCCCUUGGCAGAUGGAGGCCAGGCGGAGUCCAUGGAGAUGCAGGCAAUGCAGGCGACCGUCAUAUGCUGUCCUCUGGCCAACUGGCUGAUUCAGAACUGUCCCACUUUCACUGCGGCAUCCUGGGAGGGGCCAGAUGUCGAGGCUACGGAACCCGAGCACCGAAACUCAGGCAGCUCCUUUUUGGCUCUUGAGCCGGAGAGCUUUUUGGAGGUGUUGAGCCACGGUACUCAGUGGGAGGUGGGCGAGGACCCCACGCCGCAACAGCUUGGACAAACAGAUUGGUGGCCCACGAUGGAGGCACAGAAGCCAGAGGCCAUCCCAAUGUUACUUCUGGCCAUCAUGGCUACUCAGCGACCGUGGGCUCUGGCGGAGCAAGGACUUCAGAAGACUAACCUCGAGGCUUCCUCCAAAUGCUUCCAGGGGCAAGCCGAGAUCCUGGCCAAAGACAUCGAUCAAUCCAAGCGACAGGUGCUGGAAUUGAGAAGCUCGUUGGCGGGGCGGAAGGCUGUUCUGGAAGAGAAGGAGAAGUCAUUGAAGAUGGAGGAAACAGUUCGCGUGGAGAAGGAGAUGGUGCAGCGCGAGCAGCUGUCAGCCGAGCUGGACCAGACCCGAACGAGCUUAGCCGAAGCCAAGGCCGUCCUGGAGGUCUCCAAGCGACGCUUUGACGAAGUGGAAGAGAAGGGUCGAGAGACCACGAAGCGCCUGGAGAUGGUGCGAGAGGAACUACAUGGGCUUCGCGCAGAGGCCGAGCCUGAGCCAAAGAUUUCGACACUCUUGGACCGUGCAGGUGACUUCAACAUCAGAAUAAGGCACUCAAAGGGUGGAGGGAGCGCAGCAUUCGAGACCAUGUGGUACCACCUAGCGUCUUGCUUCAUCCGAGUGCUGUCGCUGUGGAGCUCUAGCAAGUCAAGGCCGCCGUAG